CUCAAAAGAGACUGGCGUUCUCCGUCUGGCAAUCGUAACCAGCCAGUAUCCCGGCCGUCUCUUUUUCUCCUGUCCGCAUCACCGCCGCAGAGAAUACUAAGUGUGACGACGCGAAGAGGUCCGGUACGCCGCGGCAGUUUCAGAGCUUUGGUGAUCUCAAAUGUCGGAGCAACUUUCUCCAGGGAAUUCGGCUGGCCAGGUAUGCACCUUCCUUUUCAAAAAGCCUGGGCGGAAAGGGGCGGCGGGCCGCCGAAAGCGCCGGCUCUGUGAUGCGGAGUCCGGGGACAGCAGCAGCAGCAGCGACGAAGGCAGCGCUGUGGUCCGACCCGAGAAGAAGCAGGCUACCCACAAUCCGAUGAUCCAGAAGACGCGCGGCAGUGGUAAACAGAAGGCGAACUACGGCGGCUUGAGUAGCGAGGACGAGAAUGAACAGGAGGGUCUCGGCGUGGUCUAUAAGUCGACCCGUUCGGCAAAACCCGUGGGGCCUGAGGAUAUGGGGGCGACAGCUGUCUACGAACUGGACACUGAGAAGGAGCGCGAUGCACAAUCCAUCUUUGAACGGAGCCAGAAGAUCCAGGAGGAGCUGAGGGGCAAGGAAGAUGACAAGAUCUAUCGGGGAAUCAACAAUUAUCAGAAAUACGUGAAGCCCAAAGAUACAUCCAUGGGCAAUGCCUCCUCCGGGAUGGUGAGGAAAGGCCCCAUCCGAGCUCCGGAGCAUCUACGAGCCACUGUGCGCUGGGAUUACCAGCCUGACAUCUGCAAGGACUACAAGGAGACUGGAUUCUGCGGCUUCGGGGACAGCUGCAAAUUCCUCCAUGACCGUUCAGAUUACAAGCACGGGUGGCAGAUCGAACGUGAGCUUGAUGAGGGUCGCUAUGGUGUCUAUGAGGACGAAAACUACGAAGUGGGAAGCGAUGAUGAGGAAAUACCAUUCAAGUGUUUCAUCUGUCGCCAGACCUUCCAAAACCCAGUUGUCACCAAGUGUAGGCAUUAUUUCUGUGAGAGAUGUGCACUGCAGCAUUUCCGCACCACCUCUCGUUGCUAUGUCUGUGACCAGCAGACCAAUGGCGUCUUCAAUCCAGCGAAAGAAUUGAUUGCUAAACUGGGAAAGCAUCGAGCUGAAGCAGAGGGAGGUGCUUCUGAUUUCUUAGAAGACCCUGAGGAGGAGAGUCCAGUUCCCAUUAUUUAGAUUUUCCAUAAUUCCCAGUCUCAAAAUAAAUAUUUUGUUGUUUCUUAAAA